CAAGUAAGCCAGCACGCCACAAGUCUUUUGUACGUUUUACUGGUGCAACACGCGGCGAAGAGCAGAGUCAUUUUUCGGGGCCACAGGCCCCCCGCAACCUAAAUGGAGGUCAAGCCUUUUCCAUUAGACGCCGCGCUGGUUGGCGGUGGCAUUUUUCACGUCCUAGCCCGCUCUCUUCUGCUAUGGAAGCUAUUAUGGGACAAGAACUGUCGCGGCGUCAGCUUGAUCACCCAGGAGAUGUACCUUAUUAUCUAUAUCUUCCGCUACCUGGACCUGCUGUACCUGUACACGGGGCUGACCAGCUCGAUCGUCAAGGUGCUGCACCUCAUCGUGGCGCUGGCUAUCGUGCUGCUAAUGCGGUACUCGCCAGCAUCCAGCAGCUAUGAUGCGGACCUAGACACGUUUCCCCGGCUGGGACUUAUCCUGCCGUGCGUGGUCCUGUCCAUCUUCCUCAACCGUGUCAAACUGAUCAUCGAGAUAUGCCACAGCUUCUCGGUGUACCUGGAGGUGUUUGCGCUCAUCCCGCAGUUCGUGCUGCUGUAUAAGCGGCAGGUGUACGAGCUGUGGGUGCUGCUGCUCACGGUGCUCAUGGGCUCAGAGCGCCUGCUGCAGACCGUGUCGGUGCUGACCGACUGGCAGGAGUCGGUGCGGGACGACCCCUACAGCGUGCUGGCGGACCUGGUGCACGCGGUGGUGUUCGUGGUGGGCCUCAGCAUGCUGCUGUGGCAGCGCCUGCAGGUCCGCAAGCAGCAGGGCCUGAACGAGUCGGGCGCGCCGCUGCCCAACUUCGACGAGGUGUGGGACGCCAGCAAGUUCAAAUUCGAGGACCAGGAGGCUAACCGCAAGUGAGCAGCGGCGAGGAGCGAACGGCAGCAGGAGGAGGAGGCAGCAGUAUACCACGGGGAGUAGGAGUGCCGGCGGACUUCCGUCGCAACAGCAGCAGCAGCGCUAGCUUGCGCUGCUGGUUGCUAACGAGUGGAUGCAAUCCGCGAGCGAACGGGUGGCGCGGGUCGCCGCGAAGCUGCACCGCAACAGAGCGACCGCAUGGGCAAGUGGGGCAGUGGGACCGGGUGUGCGGCUUGACUGUCAGCCCGCCUGCAUUGCGGAGCCGGCAGGUAGGCUCACUGGAGGCCUAGGUGCUUCCGGCUGACCGGGUCGCUGCCUUGGCCUGGGGGCGACGGCUUAACUGGGUAGGGCGGGGGGCUUGGGGGCCCGCAGGUGGCUCCAGGGGCCAGGCGAUGUGCUGAGGCAGUGGGCGAGCGGCAUCAGGGCGGCGGGCGCCAGCGGUGCGCCAGUGGUGCCGAGGCCGGUGGCGGGCGCCGCAUGUAGCUAUCGUGGCAUCGUGAGCGGCGUGCGGAGCGGGGCAGGGCGCUGCCUGGUCAUCAAGGCGUGGAUCAUAGCCGUGGCUACUGCGCUGGCGAACUGUUGUAUAUAGAGUUCCAGUAUUGUUGGCUUCAAUGUAUUGGUUUGCGCAAGCAGGGAGGUUGCAGAAGUGCGGGUGUUUGAAUUCGUGGAUGGGGACUUGCUGGUGGGGGCUGGGACCCAAGUCUGAAGGUGUACGGCCAGAGCGUCAGGCUGGCAGCGGCUCGUGAGGUGUCCAGCACGUCCUGCUAGUGCGACGGGUUGGUUUGGGCAUGUCGGUACAUCUUAGGCGCAAACUCAACACAUUGCUUUGGCGUGUGGGGACGCGGCGUUGGUGAGAGCCACGAAUGCCCUAGUACUGUGGGGGCAUGUCGCACCCGUGGAGGGCACUGUACGUGAUUGGAGCAUGCGUGAAGCGUGUAAUGCUCGGAUGUG